UCAACAAUUAGAUGGGUAACAUAUUUAGUUGUCGUAAAAGGAAACUAAAAUCAACCAGCGAACUUAACAUGGAAGCUCGCGUGAAGCUAGUCAAAGAAAAGGAAAAAGAAGUGAAAUUUGACGUAAGCAUUGGUGCGCAGGACUGUCCGGAUGCUUCAGCAACCGCUGAACAAGACAUAAUAUCACGCAAUGCUGUUUUAAUCAACCGAACCAUCUCAUGUCUUACAGAAAUCGACCAUCUAGCAAUGAACAUUGAUCCAAAGGAUUUUGCGUUUGAUUUUGAGAAUCUUGUUCUUGAAGGGGGAGGAAAUAAAGGCCUGGCUUACUGUGGAGCUAUAAAAUACUUACAGGAAGUUGGGGUGAUGAAAAACAUCAAACGACUUGCGGGAGCUAGUGCGGGUGCCAUGACAGCUGCUUUGAUAAUAGUAGGAUAUACUCCUGAUGAAAUUGAGGAUUUUUUGGGAAACAAUAUUUCUGAUGUAUUCAUAGAUCACAGUUGUGGCUACUGUAGUCUGCUACCAAACCUACUUUCCGGAUAUGGGUGGAAUCCUGGGAAUAAGAUCUAUGAGUGGCUUGGUGAUAAAAUGCGACUUAAGACGGGCAACCCCGAUGUGACAUUUCAAGAAGUUUAUAAAUUAACGGGAAUGGAACUAUGUGUUGUUGUAACAAACUUAAGUCUAAUGACUACCGAGUAUUGUCACCCUAAGACUACGCCCAAUAUGGCUGUACGCCUUGCUGUUAGGAUGUCCAUGGCCAUUCCCGGCAUGUUUAGUGCUCCAAAAUUUACGUCUUACGGCCAAACGAAUGUCUAUGUCGAUGGUGGCGUCCUCUGCAACUAUCCCAUUCAUUGUUUUGAUGGUUGGUAUCUAUCUAUGGAACCGGGUAACAGUUUUAUAGAAAAGUUACAACCAUUAAGUGCAUUGACCCGUCUCUAUGAUAAAACAGAGCGAUUCGGAACUUUUAAUCCCAAGACUCUGGGUUUGUUAUUAUUUGCCGAUAAUGAAAGAGACAUAUUAAGAUAUAAUUUAGAAAAUAGAAUUGGAAUUUUGCAGCCAUUAAAACCAUCUUCGUUAACCAAGCUAUUUGUGAUAAGAUCAAAGAGGAAACAAAUACAAGCUAAGUUGAUUGUUGAACAUGGACGAGUCGUCAGAGCUGUUGAUAAUUUUCUCAGGGUACUCAAACGUCAUAACAUAGAUAACAAUGACGAUAUAACACUGGCAGAAUUGGAGAACGCCUUUAAAGAUGAACAACUGAUAAAAGAAGAGAAGAUUCUGUUAUUUGGUAAAGAUAUUGAUGUCCAUGAAGCUUUUCAAUUGUUGGAUAACGAUCAAAGUGGUCAGAUUAAAUACAGAGAACUCAUUCAUUUUAUCGAAUCAACUGGUAUUUGUUGUCAGACCAGGUUCUUAGGUUAUCAGCGCAUGGACGUUACAAAUUUUAUAUCAUUUCUCGAUUCACUACAAUCAACUUUAUUAACAAAUGUUAAGAAAAUUUAUGUAGACGAGAGGGAUAUGGAGCGGACCGUAGGGAUCAAUACCGGUCAUAUUGGAACCACCGAUUUUAAUUGUGAGGAAGCUGACCGCGAUUUCGUUGUGGCACGUGGGUAUAAUGGGGCUAAGUCUUUUUUACAAUAUUGCGCUGCCUCACGUGAUCUUCCUAAAUCUUCUCCCUUAAAACAGUCUGGGAAUACUAUUGAAGAACUUACCAAAGAAGAUAAUGACUUGCAAUAUGCUGAUGAUAAUUUUAUGGACGAGACAACACAACUUGUACAUUAGAAUUCUGUGAGGGACCUCUAUGGACAUUUUACAAAUCUACAAGGACCAUAACAUCUACAAUAACUCUCUUCAGUCAAAUUUCCCAUAUUAUAUACGCGCCAACACUUUUUAACAAAUAUCUGAUACCAGUUUUGCGUGUAGUAUGGUCCUUCUGCUCUUACUUAUAAAGCAUCUUCAUCUAAAAAAAAACCAACAAUAAUUUAUAACCAU